CACUGUUGUCAUGGGGAGCAUUCUGGGGGGUGAGGAAGAGAUGGAAAACAAACAAUAAAAAAACAAAAGUAGCAUAUGGCAGAUGGUGUCCCUGUUGAAUCUCCACAGCUAGAACUGAUGAAUAAAUAAAUGAAUCUAUGGAUAAACGAAUGAGGGAUUCCGUAUUCCAGAAUACAGAUUUCCCUUUUUGAAAACCAGAGGGCCGGGUGGCGCCGGCCGACGUCUGACUCUGGUGCCCUCCCCGCCCUUCAGCCGCGCCGAGGGGCGGGGCAGAGCCGAAGGCCAGGAAAUGCCCAGGAGUGAGUGUCACCUGCGCGGGACAACUUGUUGAUUCCCAGGAGCACCGCCUUUUUUGGUCUGGGCCCCGGAGAGGACCGUCUCGCUCACCUGUCCCCCAGGUGCGGCCCCGGGGAGCUCCUGAGACGCCCCCGGGACCGCUGGCGCGUCCACUCCACAGCCAUGAGCAAGUUGGGCAAGUUCUUUAAAGGGGGAGGCUCUUCCAAGAGCCGCGCCGCUCCCAGUCCCCAGGAGGCCCUGGCCCGACUUCGGGAGACUGAGGAGAUGCUGGGCAAGAAACAGGAGUACCUGGAAAAUCGAAUCCAGAAGGAACUCGCCCUGGCCAAGAAGCACGGCAAGCAGAAUAAGCGAGCUGCGUUACAGGCACUGAAGAGAAAGAAGAGGUUUGAGAAGCAACUCACUCAGAUCGAUGGCACACUUUCCACCAUUGAAUUCCAGAGAGAAGCCCUGGAAAACUCACAUACGAACACGGAGGUGUUAAGGAACAUGGGCUUCGCUGCAAAAGCGAUGAAAACAGUUCAUGAAAACAUGGAUUUGAACAAAAUAGAUGAUUUGAUGCAAGAUAUCACAGAGCAACAAGAUAUUGCCCAAGAAAUCUCAGAAGCAUUUUCUCAACGGAUGGGUCUUGGUGAUGACUUUGAUGAGGAUGAGUUGAUGGCAGAACUUGAAGAAUUGGAGCAGGAGGAAUUAAAUAAGAAGAUGACAAAUACGCGGCUCCCAAAUGUGCCUCCUUCUUCUCUCCCAGCACAGCCAGACAGAAAGCCGAGCAUGCCUUCCACUGCACGUCGAUCCCGUGCAGCAUCAUCCAGGAGGGCAGAAGAAGACGAUGAUGAUUUCAAACAAUUGGCAGCUUGGGCUACUUAAACUAAAACGGAAUUUUUUUGACACCUUAAAUUAAUGGGCUAUAUAGAAGACAUGCCAAAUGGUUUUUUUUUUUUGCCAAGUUCAGAAGUUAACGAAGACUGUGUUUUAUAUUUAUACUGGACGAAUAAUUGUCUUUUAAGCCUCAUAAAUAAAAGUUUAAAAAAGGAGAUGUGGAUAGACAUAGAAUCAGUGAUGGAAAAGGGCUUUCUAGCAGUGUCUUAGAGGAUCCUUCCAUACUGAUGGGAUGGGGGCAUGUCUGUCUAUGUUGUUUACUACUGUAUUUCCAGUCUUGAUGCAUAGCUGGUGAUCUCUGUAUAUAUGUUGAAAGAAAACUGAAUUCUACUGGCAUAUAAUGCAUAUAACAGUUUAAAAGCCAUUUAAGAGUGAUACGUUUAGGAUAGCUGGGGAAAAUACUGUUCUUUCCGAUGUGAAUACAUGUUUGCUGUGUGUGUCCAUGUAGCUCAUGGUAAAUGUAAAUACACUGUGUUUCUUUUAGGAGAGACUUCUUAUAGAAGCGUCUUGUGUAAGUCUAUACAUAAGUAGUUUCACUUGAGUUUUGCAGUUUAAAAUCUUAAAGGAGCUUUAAUUGACAUUUAUUAUACCAAUUAAGCUUGGAAUGGGGCAAUGGAUGCAUUUCCCAAAAUGUCUGAAAGCACUAACAGCUUACACCGCGGAAUCAGGAUCUCCUGAGUGUAAUUUAGCCACUUAGGGAGCUGCGUUAGCAGUCCCAGGCCAUUAUGAUGCUGUUACAGCUUCAGCGAACUAAAUGUGAGAGUGUUCUUUCUUUUCUGUUUUGUGCUCUCUUGUACAUUUAUUUACACUUUACAGCAUAUUCCUUGUAAAUACAUAAAAAUAUUGGCAAUUAAAAAAAAGUAUAUCUUGAAUA